AUGUCAAACUCUAAGCCACAAACAAUUGUUGAUUGCUUCACUUCAUGGUACAUGAAGAGAUUAAAGGCCACUCCAAUCACUACAAAGGCACUUACCUCAGCUACCCUUUCAUUUACAUCAAAUAUCAUUGCUCAAGGUCUCAUUGAGCGUAAGAAGAUCGACUGGUCACGUGUUAUCAAGUUCACAAUCUGGGGUUUGAUUUCUUCACCAGUCGGUCACUUCUGGCAUAUCAUUCUCGAUCGUCUCUUUAGAAACAUUAAGGAUAAAUAUCAAGUAGUUGGAAAGUUACUUGCCGAUCAAUUGAUUUUCGCACCAUUCAUCAAUAUUCUCUUCUACACCGUUUUGGCAUUGUUGGACGGUAAGCCAGGUGCUAUCCUCAUUAAACUUUACUUUGAUCUUUUCCCAACCUCUCAAGGCUUCAUGGAAGGUUUGGCCAUUGGCUCAAUUCAUCAAUUUCUCAUUUGUACCAUCUCACCUUCGUGUACUCUUUGGUAA